AUGGUGAGUGAAUCAGCAGCACUUCGAAACCCGGCCAACUACAAUGAAAUCUACAGCGGACUGCGCGUAACCGAUGCGAAAUUCCACGUCGGGUCUCAAGUAUGGUAUUACUCAUGCGAUGAUGAUGGGGAUAUAGAAAUCCUUCGAGCACUCGUCACUGAAGGACCUACUAUUCUUUUCUGUGGAAUGAUGCGUAUUCUUGGUCAUGAUUAG